GUCUGUGGUCGUCAGUUGCAGCUGUGUGUGCUGUGUGUGUGAGUUGUGUGCGUGUGUGCGCUGCCGUCUGUAUGCCGUCGCCGCCGGUCGUUUAACGACUAUGGCAGGUUUUACGGAGUCUGGACUCGUGAAAAAACUGCUCGACCUUAAUAGUUCAGCUCAAAGCAUACAGACACUUUCGUUAUGGCUGAUUCACCAUCGAAAACACAGCCAAAGCAUUGUCAGAACCUGGUUCAAAGAGCUGUUGAAAGCAAAAGGUGGAAAGAAGUUGACCUUUAUGUACUUGGCAAAUGAUGUGAUCCAAAACAGCAAGAAGAAAGGUCCUGAAUUCGGUAAAGAGUUCGGCAAUGUUUUAAGGAAGAGCUUUGAAGCUGUUGCUUCGGCUGGUGAUGAAAAGACAAGCAAGUCUCUUGGACGUAUAUUAAAUAUUUGGGAAGAACGAGGUGUCUAUGAUAAACCACAAAUAGACGAGUUUAAGAAAGGCCUCACUGGUGAAAAUGAUGGCACCCCACCCAAAAAGAAGCACAAGCUCGAAGCAGUCAAGCCUGCUCCUACCUCUGUGGAUGCUCGAAUUGCUAGCAUGGCCAAUAGCUUGGGUAGUCCACUAAAUGAAAAGAAACGGAGACAUUCGGAAACUGAAAUUGAGGUGGAGGGCACUAAAGAAGUGCAUAUUACUUUAUCACCAAGGACACCAGCAGGGGAUCCACCAGAGCCAGAAGAAUUAAUUAAAGCUUUGAGGGAUUUAGAAAAUGAAGCAUCAGCUGAUGUUGAAGUAAGAGAGAGAAUUGCCAAGUUGCCUACCGAAGUUUCCCAAACUUCUCUUCUUGAUAGGCUGCAAGAUAAAGCAGCUGCAGAAAAAUUGGCAAUGCAAGUGAAUGAUGCUGUUGCUCUCCUAACAAACUAUAAUGCUCGAUUAUCUAAAGAAAUGGAACAGAGAAAGCAUGUUGCUGGUAUGCUUCGAGAUUUCUUGCAGGCUCAGAUGGAUCUGAAGGAACAAGCUGAAGGCAGACUGGCAGAGUCAAAUGAAAAAUUGAAAAAAGUGUAUGAACUGAGGAUGGAAUUACGCAACCACCUUCAGAAACUUCCUGACUUGACCCAACUUCCUGAUGUUACAGGAGGACUAGCACCAUUACCAUCUGCAGGUGACUUGUUUAGCCCCCACUAACAGCAAUUUCAAUCUCAAAGUGGAUGUAACAUUUUUGUGUCAAUUUAGAUAAUCCCAUAUUUUUUCUUUCGACUGUAUGUUCCAUGUCAAUCCCUGCAUGUUAAUAAGUGCGUUGGGGUUUGUGAUCUUAAGGAUGCUUGUCUAUUGACAAAUAUCCAUUCCUUUUCAUACAAAUGCCUCUGCCUCUUGCAUCUUGGCAUUUCCAACAUUUACUAAAUCAAUAUUUAUUGUUAAAUUGACUUUUGUUUUAUAUAAUUAUGAUUAUUGAUUCGUCAUCAUUUACUUCUUUUAAAUUGAAGUGAAGUUUCUGCUGAGGGUGUAGCAUGUCGUCUUAUCUCGGCUUGAGAGGAAUGUGUGAGUUGGUUACUGAUCUUCCAAUAGAAAAUAGGAAACCUAAGUUCAUUGCUACAUUGUUGGAAUUUUGCUUACUGUUUGGUCCUUUGGGUCACUGGAUACUAUUUUAGACUGUCCCUGUGACCCGCGUCCUCCCACAAAUUUGUUCACUUUUCUGUGAUGAAAAAUUCCAAUACUUGGUUGCUUCUUCCAUCUAAAUCAUGAAGGUAUUAUAUUCUCUAAACCUGACCUGCGAUCAGCAUAUCUACCUUUCUGCACUAAAAAAAGGAGUGAAAAUAAAAUGUUGUAGAGAAUAUGUUAAUUCCUUUCUAGUCAUGAUAAGCAAUAUCCCUUUAUUCUUGAGAACAUGUUCAAAUGCAUUUUAUAGAAAUUUUUCAUUAUUUUAAGCAACUGCACCGUUUCAUACCCAUGAUUUUCAUCAAAUGAAAGAGGACGUCGAGGUAAUAAGUGACUGCCUUCAUGCACAAUGAUGUGCAUUUAUUUUAUUCCAAAUAAAAGUGUAUUUUUAUGGUACCAUUUUGACUGGUUGUUGCUGGUUGUUGUGGAUAUUUGUAUAUAGUGAAACUGUUGUCUUGCAAUUCAAUGCAGAUGCUACAAAAAAUCUAUUCAUGUGACAUUUCAAUCGCCUUUGUUUUUACAUUACUGGCUCUUUCCCAGAUUUGGAGCUCAGUGGCUGGCUUGAAGGAAUUGAAUAACCUAAGUACUGUUACAAUUCACCUUAGGGAGGUGGGGUUUUACCAGCUCACAAUUGGUUCUGAUUCUUUGUUAGUCCAAACAAAAAUUUUGGAUGUGUGAACUUGAGAACUUUCGAAUGAAACUAAUUUGAAUAAUAUGCUUUGUCAAACAGACUUUUGUAAAGUUUGUGAUUAUGAUAGUAGUGACAACUUCUUGAUUACCGUAGUUUGGUAAAUUUUUGCAAGUUUUGCUUCUGUUUCUACUUGUUUGUGUUGACCCUUUUUGUUAUACAAGUAAUUAAUCCCACCAAAUGCACCUUUUUCCAUUACAUCAACUUUUUAAAAAAUCAAUUGUUUUAAACCUGUGUUUUGUGGGAGGCAAAUCACAUGUUGAUACAGAAGAGAAAAAAAACCUGUCAUGCACUUUGUACACAUUUCUUGUUUGUCUAAUUUUUGGUGGGUGUCAUCUUCCAUGUGUUCAAUAUGUGAUAUAAUUGUCCGAGAAAAUGUGAUGCUGAAAAACAAAAUAAAAUGGUAAUAGAUGUGGGUGUUUAUGAUACUUAGUUUGGUAGAUACCAUAAGUACGCGAAAUAAAUGGCUUGAAUCGUUA